AUAAUGAGAGCACUCGGGAGCACACGCAUGAUCGCGUGGAUCAGGUGGAUUUUGACAGAUCUCGCACCGGUGACGUCACUUUGCGCUGGUGUUUGUACCAUCGGAUCACGCAUAAUGUUUACAAACAUUGCCGGUUCAUAAAACGUACAACGGCGCUUAUGUUUAUACGAGUUCCUCGCCUGCAGUUCGGGUGUAGCACGUUACUUUGCGCGUUGGCUUUGUUUACUACAAACAAUUCAGAGGGGUUUCUAUACCUCCCUUUCACAUUCUGUUAUUUUUCCAGCCACUAAAACAUGAGCUCGGACGAAACGGUGGAAGUGGUUAUACCACUUGUGAAAACUAUAACCAACCUGACCUUUCGGAACUUGUCGUACGCCGUGAAUCAGAAGCACCUGCUGCGGAAUAUCUCUGGCACCCUCAAGUCCGGUAGACUGACAGGAAUUCUAGGACCAUCUGGGGCCGGUAAAUCGACACUGUUGAACAUACUCAGUGGUUUUAGAACACAAGGAGUUAGUGGAAAAAUACUGAUCAACAAUGAGACGAUCGAUUGUCAGAAGUAUCGUCAACUAGUCGCCUACACCGAACAGGAUGUACCCUUACUACAGAAUCUGACUGUUCGAGAAACGCUCCACUAUGUGGCGGAUCUUCGGCUGUCUAAGAACGUUUCCUACAUCCAUAAGACAAAGAUCGUUAACGACAUUGUAGCCCUGUUAGGGCUCCAGAAGUGUUCCCAUAGUCAAACGAAAACGCUGUCCGGAGGAGAACGGAAACGACUCUCCAUCGGGUUGGAGCUAGUGUCGAACCCGAAGAUUAUGUUCUUCGAUGAACCCACCAGCGGACUGGAUAGUGUGGCAUCAUAUCAGGUGAUCUCGUACAUGAGAGAUCUUGCUAGGCAGGGUCGGUGUGUUGCCACCGUGGUACAUCAGCCCAGUUCGGAGUUGCUCGAGCUGUUUGAUGAUGUGUACAUCGUGGUGGACGGAAGGUGUAUGUAUCAGGGAUCGUUAGACGACCUAAUACCCACGCUAGAGGAGGUUGGAUUCAGCUGUCCUCCGUAUUAUAAUCGAGCCGAUUUUGUGUUAAAAAUAGCAUCUCAGAGAACCGACGACCUGGACAGCGUGGAGAAACUGAUAGCGCGUGCUGAUACCGCCAUUAACGGAUAUUUGGAGAACGAUUCCACUAAUAUGCAGGAAUGUACUAAUCUGCUGGCAGAGAGCAAAGCCACCUCCCAAUAUCCCAUCGCUUGGUGGAGACAGUUUGUGGUUUUGGUUCGUCGAACAGCAUUGUGCACGAUUCGGAACAUCACCCUCACACGGUUCCGCCUGCUGGGCCACCUGCUGUUCGGACUCACGAUCGGUAGCGUGUUCUACAACGUGGGAGAUGACGGUGCCAAAGUGUUAUCUAACGUGUCCUGCCUCAUUCUCCUCCUCAUGUUUAUCGUGUUCGCCAACGCAAUGACCGUGGUGCUGACGUUCCCGCUCGAGAUGGCCGUAUUUGUGAGGGAGCACAAGAGCAAUUACUAUCCGGUGUCGGCUUACUACUGCUCGAAGCUGAUUGCCGACUUUCCGCUGAUGCUUGCCGGUGUAAGCUGUUUCCAGCUGAUCGUGUACUACCUGACGGGGCAACCGAACGAAACGGAGCGUGUGGUGCUGUACUGGGUCAUCUGCGUACUGUUUGGAUGGUUGGCACAGAUGUACGGCAUGGUUGCCGGCAGCAUGUUCCCGCUCGAUGUCAGCCCGUUCGUCGUGCCGGCUUCGGUCAUCCCGGCGGUAAUGUUUUCCGGGUUCUUCAUACGGUACAACGAACUGCUAGCCGUGUUUAAACCGCUCACGUACGUCAGUUACUUUCGGUACGGGUUUGAAGGUUUAGCGCAGGCAACGUACGGCCUGUACCGUACGCAGCUCGGCUGCAGUGAAAUCUUUUGCUACUAUCGGAAAACGAGCAAAGUGAUGGAAAUGCUGCAGAUGGAACAAGACCGGUACUGGUACGAUGUGGUCGGUUUAUCGGUGUGGAUAGCCGUCCUUCACAUUCUGCUGUACGUCAGCCUGAAAGUGAGACUACGUCGUAACCGAUGAUUGCUGCCGGUGCAGUAUAUUCACCUUUUUAUCUUGUAAAGAACUGAAGCUUGACAUUGAAUAUUUCAAGGAUUGUUAGAGCGAGUUACGAGAAAGAAAAAAAAAAAACAUACGAAGUCAAACCGGUAUACUGGAUUAACCGAUGUAUAUCUCAGCAAUAUAGAAUCACCAGUAAGACAAAACAAA